AUGGUGGCAAUUUUGCGCACUACGUUACCCAACGGUGAGUCUGUGGAGUUGGGAAAAUGCGCGGGCAAAGGAGAAAUAUACUGGCCCUUCAUCAGACUUGAACCUCACGUUGUUGCUACAAAUUCUUCUACUUACACGAGUGCAAGAGACCUGAACGUCACAAGCGCCCGAUCCAUAUUCAAAACUGGGAAGCAACGUAAGGUCUCCCCACCGCACAAGUCGAGUCAUCGGUCUUUGGGAAAGAUGAAACAACUUCAUGAUUCAAAGUUUUACUCAAUCGAGGUGACGUGUCCAUCAGGUUGGCCUUUGACACUAGCCCAAUGGAAACGCGUUGAUGAAGUUAUUAACUCUAUUGAAUUUACUAAAGUUGAACAACUACAGAUACAGAAGAAACUUGCCAAGGAAAAAGAAAAGCCCACAAAAAUAAUGUCAGCAAAAGAAAAGGAGAGGGUUAUGCCGCUGAACUUUGGAGUGCAUCAGCCUUUACCUGGAGAUGCAUUUGUUGAGCUCGAGUGCGCCUUCGCAGUUGGAGGAGGAGUCGUCGCCAAACGAGACGACGAACGGGACCAAAACUUCGUUAAUGCAAGGAAGGCAUGGGAUGCCAGGGAACAUGGAAGGAAUGCAAGGGGAGCCCAGAUCAGAAAACAAUUCCGUGAGGAAUUUUUGGUAAUACCACCGCCGGAGAUAUCCGAGAGCACGAAAAGCGGACUCGACAGCUCUAUUAGAAGUUCCAAUAUGGACACAGACGUAAUGGAUACUUUGUCUAAGGAUGCAUUUGAAGAAAUGGAGAAUGAAGAACAAAAAGACUUAAAAGACUCUGCUCAAGGGCAAGGACCCACGCCAGCGACCGAAAGUGGUAAACAAAUACCAGAUGAUAAUGACCACAAUAUCUUCUACAGUGUUAUAGUUACUUCAGAUAUGGCAAAAGCAGCUGCAAAAGAAAGACAAGCACGAAUAGAAGCUGCCAAAGAGCGCAUGAAAGAGCUACAACUUUAUAACGAGGAACAUGUUCUGGGCAGACAAAAAGAUCGCUGUUUUGCGCUAGAAAAACUAUUUGUGGAUGCCAAUAUGUGUCCUGAGUUAAUGGACGUGAUGGAGCAAAGAGAAACGGCUAUACAAGAAGAGGUUCUUACCAGAACUCUAUCUGCAACAAAGAAGAAAAUGGAUGCGAAGAAAUUGGAAGUAAAGAAGACAGAUGCAAAAAAGACAGAAGGAAGGAAGAAGCAAUAA